AUGGACUCACUGGAUCUGGGAAAGGAGAGCGUCUCCGCCGACGCGCCAAGACGUCUCUACCACACUAUUCUGCCUCUCUACUUUACAUCCCUACGCUUCAAGCCACCCGCGCAACGACAACCCCGACGCGUCAAUCCGGCCAUCGAUCAAUCAUUGACCUUCCUCUCGAAAUCGCCACUACGACCACACGCGAACAUAGCGACAACGAAUUAUACGCGACUAGACGCGGCGAACGACGAAACGGGCAUUAUGGCGCGCAAGAGCGCUGUUGAAUCUGAUGGCGAAGCCUCGGCGCAUUCCGACGUGGAGAUGCAGGAUCAGCAGGAUGACAAGAUGAACGGCUUCAAGAAGUUUGGGGACUCUGACACAAAUCCAAACACGACAGCAAGCAGUGUCGCAGGCGACCAUGGGCAUCAAGACGGUCGCAAGCGACGCGCUGAAGUGAUGAACAUGCGAAAGAGCAUCUACGGCAAGAAGCACGAUCGUCUGGGCGCGUCCAAGGAAGACGAUACCAUUCGGCGCUUCCGUUACCUCCUUGGCCUCACUGACCUCUUCCGUCACUUCAUCGAUACCAACCCCAACCCACGCAUCAAGGAAAUUCUCGCAGAGAUUGAUCGCCAAGACGCGGAAGAGGUCAAGAAGUCGAAAGCAAGCAAGGUGCGCAAAGGUGGUGCGGCCGCAGAACGCAGGCGCAAGACAGAACAAGAGGAGGACGCCGAGUUGGUGCGCGAAGAGAAGCAUGGUGGGCACAACGAGACCGUCUUUCGCGAGUCACCAGGCUUCAUCAAGGGCGGCACCAUGCGCGAUUACCAAGUUGCAGGUCUCAACUGGCUGAUUUCUCUGCAUGAGAACGGUAUCUCGGGAAUUCUCGCCGAUGAGAUGGGUCUCGGAAAGACGCUGCAGACGAUUUCCUUCCUCGGUUACCUGCGCUUUAUUGCAGGCAUAACUGGUCCACAUCUUGUCGCCGUUCCAAAAUCAACGCUCGACAACUGGAAGCGUGAAUUUGGAAAGUGGUGCCCAGAAAUCAACGUCCUGGUCCUUCAGGGAAACAAGGACGACCGUGCCGAGCUCAUCAAGGAUCGACUGGUUGACGAAAAAUUCGACGUUUGCAUUACCUCAUACGAGAUGAUUCUACGAGAGAAGACACACUUGAAGAAGUUUGCAUGGGAGUACAUCAUCAUCGAUGAGGCGCAUCGCAUCAAGAACGAAGAGUCGUCACUUGCACAGAUGGUCCGCGUGUUCAAUUCAAGAAGCAGGCUGCUCAUCACUGGUACUCCUCUUCAAAACAAUUUGCAUGAGCUAUGGGCACUUCUCAACUUCUUACUUCCCGACGUUUUCGGAGACUCUGCCGCUUUCGACGACUGGUUCUCGCAACAAAAUGCUGACUCUGACGCUGUCGUUCAACAGCUACACAAGGUUUUGCGACCCUUUUUGCUUCGGCGUGUCAAGGCCGAUGUGGAAAAGUCACUUCUGCCCAAAAAGGAAAUCAAUUUGUACGUUGGCAUGUCUGACAUGCAAGUGCAAUGGUACAAAAAGAUUCUCGAGAAAGACAUCGAUGCUGUCAAUGGCGGUGCUGGCACUAAGGAAUCGAAGACACGAUUGCUUAAUAUUGUUAUGCAACUGCGAAAGUGCUGUAACCACCCUUAUCUGUUCGAAGGUGCAGAGCCAGGUCCGCCGUACACUACAGAUGAGCAUCUGGUUACAAACGCUGCCAAGAUGGUCAUGCUUGACAAGCUACUCAAGCGUAUGAAGGCCAAGGGCAGCAGAGUACUCAUCUUCUCCCAGAUGAGUCGAGUGCUGGACAUCAUGGAGGAUUAUUCGGUAAUGCGAGGCUAUCAGUACUGCCGUAUCGACGGAUCGACCGCCCACGAAGAUCGUAUCCAGGCCAUCGAUGAUUACAACAAGGAGGGCUCCGAAAAAUUUCUAUUCUUGCUGACCACACGCGCCGGCGGCUUGGGUAUCAACUUGACCACUGCCGACGUUGUUGUACUCUUCGACAGUGAUUGGAAUCCCCAGGCCGAUCUUCAAGCUAUGGACCGUGCUCAUCGUAUUGGCCAGACCAAGCAGGUGUACGUGUUCCGUUUCGUGACGGAGAGUGCGAUCGAAGAGAAGGUUCUCGAGCGCGCAGCCCAAAAGCUGCGUCUUGACCAGCUUGUCAUCCAGCAAGGACGCACACAGCAACCUGUAAAGAAUGCUGCUUCGAAGGAUGAACUCCUGACUAUGAUUCAACAUGGUGCUGAAAAGGUUUUCAACAGCAAGGGUGCACUGGGUCCUGCCGGUGAUGGAGAAUUCGCGGAUGACGAGUUCGACGAAGUCAUGAAGCGUGGUGAGGAGAUGACUGAGAAGCUCAACAAGCGCUACGAGGCACUUGGUCUUGAUGAUCUACAGAAGUUCACAUCUGACUCGACUUAUGAGUGGAAUGGUGAGACAUUCCAGCCUCGCAAGAAGGAGAUUGGCAUCUCAUGGAUCAACCCAUCGAAGCGCGAACGCAAGGAGCAAAACUAUGGCAUCGACUCAUACUACCGCAAGGCCCUCGUCACUGGAGGACGAACUGAAAGCAAGCAGCCUAGGAUCCCAAGGGCACCCAAGCAAAUCGUCAUUCACGAUUAUCAAUUCUUCCCCGAGCGAUUGGCGGAGCUCCAAGACAAGGAGACGGCAUGGUAUCGAAAGGAAAAUGGCCUCAAGGCUCCACUCCCGGAUGGGCCUGAUGAAGAUCUCGAAGCUCGCGAGGCUGAUCAAGAGCUUGCACAGAAGGAGAUUGACAAUGCCGAACCCCUCACAGAAGAGGAGAAGGCGGAGAAGGAACGCUUGAUUGAGAAAGGUUUCCCCGAGUGGAACAAGCGUGAUUUCCAACAGUUCCUCAACGGGACUGCCAAGUACGGCCGCACAAACUACGAAGGCAUCUCGGAAGAAGUCGACGGCAAAGAUGCGGAUGAAAUUGCCGCCUACGCCAAAGUGUUCUGGAAGAAGUACAAGACACUGGAACAAUGGCAAAAGCACAUUGGCGUGAUCGAAGAGGGUGAACAGCGCGUUCGCCAAUCUGAAAUCCGCAAAAACCUCAUCGCGAAGAAGGUUGGCAUGUACCGCAUGCCUCUCCAGCAAAUGCAGAUCAAAUACACAGUUUCGACAACGAAUAAGAAAGUGUACACGGAGGAGGAAGAUAAGUUCCUCGUCGUCAUGUUGCACAAGCAUGGGGUCGAGGGCGACAUGAUCUACGAAAAGAUUCGAGAUGAAAUUCGAGAAUCCCCACUCUUCCGCUUCGACUGGUUUUUCCUGAGCCGCACGCCCCAGGAGAUUGGCCGACGAUGCACGACGCUCAUCACGGCCAUUGUGCGGGAGUUGGGCGACGCGGAUGCGCAGACUGGCAAGGGCGGCAAGCGUGUGUAUGAAGAGGAGACAGAGGAGGACGAGGAUGAGGAGCCGGUUAAGAAGAAGGCAAAGAAUGGGGUCAAGAACAAGCAGCUGGAUGUGGUAAAGGCCAAGGCGUCGCCGGCGUCGACGUCUCCCUCGAGGGCUAGCAGUGUUGCUUCGAGCGGGUCGGCGAAGAAGGCAAAGGGUAAGAAGAAGUGA